AUGUCCCCCCGCACAGAAGAGUGUUUCUCACGAGCACAUCCCUCAUUCCACCCCGUCCUCCGCCAUCUCCGAACCCCGUUGUGCCCCCUCGUCUCUAGCACAACAGGCCUCCAACACCCCGACUUCCCAAAGAACCUCCUCUCCUUCCACCUGCUGACCUCCGCCCAGCUCGACAACCUCGCCCGCCACUUCCACCAAGUCUGGCCCCCUCUCCCCGCGACAACCUCCUACCCAGUCACGGUACAGGCGUGGCUAGGCUCAGACGGCGAAGGUCAGGUAGACCUGAGCACCAAGCGCCGACGAUUCGGCCGGUUUAUCGGUCUGCGCGGGUGUGAGUCGCCUGUGCGGGACAAGGCCCCGGAGACCGCUUGGUCGUCUUCUAAGAAGGCCAAGGCAAAAGCGGAAUCGGAGCCUGAGUCGGCGGCGGAAAUGUUGGCGAGGAUGGAGCGCGAGUGGGACGAGUGUCUUUUGCGAAAAAUGGCCCCCCCAACCCCCCCCCUCGUCAAACACAUCUACACAGCGGACCCCUCCGCCCACGUCUUCAACAACAAAAUCUACAUCUACCCCUCUCACGACCGCGAGACAGACAUCCAGUUCAACGACAAUGGCGACCAAUAUGACAUGGUCGAUUACCACGUUUACUCCAUGGACAGUGCCCCCCCGCCAGCAUCCGCAGACGCAACCACCAGCAGCGCCCCAGCCGUAACCGACCACGGCGUCGUCCUGGCCGACAAAGACGUCCCCUGGGCCGCAAAGCAGCUGUGGGCUCCCGACGCGGCGACCAAGAAUGGCAAAUACUACUUGUACUUUCCCGCUAGGGCACCAGAUGGCCUGUUCCGGAUGGGUGUUGCGGUGGCGGAUAAGCCCGAGGGCCCGUUCACUGCGGAGAAGGACUUCAUGAAGGGCAGUUACAGUAUUGAUCCUGCGUCGUUUGUGGACGAUGACGGGCAGGCGUAUAUGUAUUUUGGGGGUAUCUGGGGUGGACAGUUGCAGUGUUGGUCUCGGGACGAUGCAGGGAAGUGGGUGUUCGACGCGAGCAAGACCGGGCCUCAGGAGCCGAAGGGCGAGGGCGUGCGUGCGCUUUUCCCGCGCGUGGCGCGUCUCACGGAUGAUAUGUUGCAGUUUGAUACCGAUGUUGAGGAGGUGACGAUCUUGGCUCCGGAGACGGGCGAGCCCAUUGCGGCGGACGAUCACGAGAGGAGGUUUUUCGAGGCGGCGUGGAUGCACAAGUAUCAGGGGAAGUACUAUUUCUCGUACUCGACGGGCGAUACGCACUUUUUGGUGUAUGCUGUUGGGGAUAAUCCUUGGGGGCCGUUCACGUAUCGGGGACGGAUUCUGGAGCCGGUGCUUGGGUGGACGACGCAUCAUUCUAUUGUGGAGUUUCAGGGACGGUGGUGGUUGUUUUAUCAUGAUUGUGAGUUGUCGAAGGGGGUGGAUCAUUUGAGGAGUGUGAGGAUGAGGGAGAUUGGGUAUGAUGAGAAGGGGGAUAUUCAUUUGGUUUGA